CUGGAUAUGGGGGAGCCACCGCACAGGCCCGUACGAUCGAGAUAAAAACACUUUUUUUUUUCUUUUUUCUUUUUAAAUGUGCACGAACCGGGGGAAAUACACAAAGACACCGAGCUGGAGAGGCCUUAGGAGGACGGGGAAACAACCGAGGAAGUGAAGGAAAAGUGAGGAUACGGCUACUGACCCAUCCCGGCGCAUCAGGGGAGAAGCAGGGGAGAGAAAGGAGGAGAGGAGAAGGAGAAAUAAUUCCGCUCGACCCGAUGGACUGAAAGGACAGAUGAAUGAAGACUGCCUACACUAACGCCUAUAGAUGCCUGGCCAAGGAUCUGGACGCUUACGCCAUGAACACGGACAUGACAAUGGACGGCAUUGGCAGCCUGCAUGGCGGGGUGUCGGUGAGCUCCGUGGCCCCUGACGCGGAGCUGAUGAGCGGCCACAGCCCGCACCACGUCCGGGGGAGCUCCGCGGGGGGACACGGGGCGGCGGCGGCGGCGCUGAGGAUACACCAGGACCUGGCAGCCGCCGCCGCCUCAUCCCGCUCAGCCAUGGUGUCCGGCAUGGCUACGAUACUGGACGGUAGCGGGGAGUACCGGCCGGAGCUGUCCCUGCCUCUGCACCACGCCAUGAGCGUCCCCUGCGACACGUCCUCUCCCGGGAUGGGGAUGAGCGGUACCUACACCACCUUAACCCCGCUGCAGCCGCUGCCCCCCAUAUCCACCGUGUCGGACAAGUUUCACCAUCAUCACCAUCACCACCACCACCAGCGGCUACCCGGGAAUGUCAGCGGGAGCUUCACCCUGAUGCGGGACGAGCGGGUGUUACCGGGCAUGAACAACCUCUACAGCCCCUACCACAAGGACCACAUGUCCGGGAUGGGUCAGAGCCUCUCCCCGGUGCUGGGCAACGGCCUGGGGUCAAUCCACAACACCCAGCAGGGUCUCCACAAUUACGGCACCACGACGCACGGAGGCCACGAUAAGAUGCUGAACUUCGACGCGCACCACACCGCCUCCAUGCUGGCCAGAGGGGACCACCACCACCACCACCACCAGCACCGAGGCCUCGGUGGCCCGGCGGCCGGGAUGAUGCCGCAUCUAAACGGGAUGCACCACCCGGGUCACCCGGCCGCAUCCUCGGCGGGUCACCACACCCACCCCCACCUCCAGUCUCCAUCCCACGGGCCCGUGUUGGCUUCCACCCGGGAAAGACCGCCCUCCUCCUCGGGGACGCAGGGGGUGAACAGCUCGGGGCAGCUGGAGGAAAUCAACACCAAGGAGGUGGCGCAGAGGAUCACGGCGGAGCUGAAGAGGUACAGCAUCCCCCAGGCCAUCUUCGCCCAGAGGGUGCUGUGCCGCUCCCAGGGGACCCUGUCGGACCUGCUGAGGAACCCCAAACCCUGGAGUAAACUUAAGUCAGGCCGGGAGACCUUCAGGAGGAUGUGGAAGUGGCUGCAGGAACCCGAGUUUCAGAGGAUGUCGGCCCUCAGACUGGCAGCAUGCAAACGGAAGGAACAGGACACGGCGAAGGAGCGAAACAGCACGCCGAAGAAGUCGCGGCUGGUCUUCACCGACCUGCAGCGGCGCACCCUGCUGGCCAUCUUCAAAGAGAACAAGCGGCCGUCCAAGGAGAUGCAGCUCACCAUCUCGCAGCAGCUGGGCCUUGAACUCACCACCGUCAGCAACUUCUUCAUGAACGCCCGCCGCCGCAGCCUGGACAAAUGGACAGACGACGGAAGCAGCCCCGGCGCCCACUCUUCAGCGUCCAGCACUUGUACCAAAGCGUGAUAAUAGAUGUCGAGGAGGAGGAGGGAGGGAAGGGAAGGGAAGCGACAGGGAAAGGUCGUCUUUGGGUGGGGGAGGGGUGAUGAAGAUAUGGGGCGAUUAACUCGGGGAGGGAUGGAUCGCUUGAGGGCGCGGGUCGAGGUUUCGUCCGGUCGAAGCGAGGAGGAAAACCAAACUUUUUACAUUUUUUUGUUUGUUUGUCUGUUUUGCUUUUGUCGAGGGUGACAAACUGAGAGAGGGGCUGCUCACUGCGACGACUUGUUUGUAGCCAAACCGCCUUUUUCAAAUCCAUCAUAAUUCCAUAAAGAAGCUGAAGGGUAAGCUCAUCUUUAACACAUACAAACCUCACUGGGGGAGGGGGACAAACUAAAGGAAAAACCUUUGAAUCAUAGACUUUUACCGCUGAUGUCUCUUCUGGGACAAUAAGCUGACACACUAGCCCAAAUACCAAAGACUAGAAGACGAUGUAUGUUUUCUAUUAUGCAAUAUAAGCUAGGAUCCAACCAACCAAAAAACCAAUGAAAGCUUUAUGACUGUAGAAUGUGCUAGACGCUCUGGGAUAAGUGGAUAAUAUUACUUUCAAAUGUCCAAAGAUGACAAUAACACAUUGUGUGGGGCAGAUGUGGGGCAAAGUUGAAAAUUCUCAUUCAAAAGUCGGGUUUCGGAGAUUGCACUGCCAAAUUUAGAAAGCUGUCAUAAAUGUGAUUUUGAAACAAACAGAGGUCAAUUUGUGCAGCUGAGGGUGAAAUCAGACUGUAGAAUUAUAUUUUAUAUUUAAUAAACCAAAGAUGGGGGGGGGGGGGGCGGGUUUCUUGGUCAAGACAAAACCAUACAAUGAUUGAUCUUCAAAGGUCUCUUUUUGACCUUGCAAACAGCAGUUUGACAAAGUAAUCUUAACACAAAGUCCACUUGCUUGUAUGUGUUAUAUUGGCCUUGCAGUCUCCGUCUUUGACUGUCAGGUUCACACACUCUGUUUUCCUCCAGAGAAUUGAAGAGUUGGCUUCCAAAAUGUGUUUUAGCUAUUUUAAAAGGGAAAUACCUACCUGAAGUUCUCUGGAAUAUAUAUGAUCCAGGUUGUGGAUAGUUUAUUAUUUUCUUAAAUCAUGACAAAAUGUUCUUUUACAAAAUGACCAGAUUUUCUGAUACCUUUAUGGACAAGACUCUUAAAUUUACCAAAGAUAGAGAACAUGUAAUUGACUCUUUAAAUGGGGCAGUGAGGAUUCUUAAAGUUAGGAAAUGGCAAAAUAUGCAAGCACAAACACACACACCUACACCUACACACACAUACACAAACAUCCACCAAGGCACAUGCAACUUUCCUCAUAAUUUGAGCCGACAUGUAGAAUUACAAGCUUUCUCAGCAUACAUAGUGUUGGGUUGAGUGUUAGUGUAUUACACAUGAAUAUAUACAAUGUAUGUGAGCACAAUCUUGAAGCACAUUUUCUUUGCAAUAGAACCGGGGCUCUCUGCCAAGCCGAGUGGUCUUCACAUCUUAGAAAUCUCAGGAUGCCAUUUUUCUAAACAGUGGCUGAAAUCCACUCUGCGUUUUAUGUCACUCACUAUAAUGCACGAAUGUACAAACACACAUAUGGACACACACUGUUGCAGGCAAGCAAAUGCACUUGCAUUACACACAAACACACACACACACACACACAACUUUAACGAGUCAUUUCCCAAAUGUUUCCCAGAAUGUCCACCCUGACCGACACAUUGUCAGCUAAACCAAUAAGCUCCAGUUUACCCUGGCUUCACCCACCCAUCAUUUGUGUUACCAUGGUAACUCACCCACCAGGGCAGUGCUUUCCUUCUAGCAUCUUGGCAUUAGCACAAUCUUUGUUCUCAAGUAGAACAAAGAUGCUAUUUGCACCGCUGAAAACCGGUGGUGUUUGUCGCAUUCUAAUGAAGAGAGCUGUAACUGAAAUUUCAAUUGGACUGAGCCGUAUCAUGGUUCCAAAGGUGUAAUCAAAGAAGACUAAAAUUAAGAUUUGAAGGUAUCAUUUUUAAACAAAACUGAAACAUGGAUCUCUACAUUUCUCUACAGCUACAGCUCUCUUUGGGAGACAAAACACCAAAUGCAGUCUGGGUUUACACAAAGAAAAAAAGGCUUUUUCUUAUUUAGAUGAGUGUAAAAUCAUGACAUUUAUUUCUAGUAAAUGGGGAAUGUUCCUGUUCACAUACAAAUAAGGAUAGUUUGGGCACAGAACGCCCACAGUAUCCAGAGAAAAAGAAAAAUCCUUCAAAACUCCAAAGACUCCAAAUUGGCGUAUCACUACUGAAAAGAUUCUUCGUUGAAACUUGCUCAGAGACUUAUUGACUAGAUUUGACCUUUUGGUGUAAAUCCAGCUGUAGAACUAAGAUGCUUUUUGGAUGCCCCCAGCUGCCACCACAGAAACCCCCAAAAACAAACCACAAAUGCACAUACGCAAAAUUAAAACCAGUGAACCAUCUGAACCCGUGGAGGACGAACUGUCUAGGCGAAUCAGGGCCUUUGUAAUAGUUAAAGAGGACAAUCUAAAGACGAUGCCUGGCAGCUCCGUCUCUUCCAGAGGGUCAGUGGGCUGGAAAACAAACGGAUAGGUCUAAACCGCUGCAAACAAAUCAUUUUAAUAAAAUCUUCAGUCGUAUAUUCAGACUUCAAACUGUGUGAACUGAUACUGUCAAGACAAGAAAAUGCUCUUUGUUGACAGUGGAGGGAUCAGCUGUAAGAUGGUAUUUGUUUGCAGUGUAGGCGAGUUGGAUGCUUGGUGAAAAGGAUGGGCAGCAGACAAACAGACAGACUGAGACAAACAAAUCUGACUCCGACUGUCUUUGUGUCCAUAUAAACUUCACUGAGCAUCCAUUAAUACCAUUUCUCACAACACUUAUUUUAUUUUGAUACCGUCACACUGUACAGCCUUUACACAUGAUGUAAAUACUAGCGCACCCAAAAACCUCAACCACCUCCAACUGUGUUUUAACAGCCUUUACCAUCCGCAAUCACUUCAUCAAUCAUCUCUCACUCAAGCUAUCAAACCAAAAAAAGAAACCAAACCAAAGGAAAGGCGUCAGUCAGCAGCCCCUGCUCCUUAGAAACCCCAGGCUGAGUUCAGGCCUGGUUAGAGGCAAGCCAAAGGCUCUAAGAACGAUUUAAAAUAAAAAAUGGACACUUGAGACUUUUUCUAUUUAUUGACAAAUCGAAACCAAAGAAAACCUUUUUCUGCACCUAACUGUUCCAACAAACGGAAAAAACUAACUGAAGAUGGAAGAGAAUUAUUACCAAAAAAGAAAAAAAAAAAAGAAAAAAAAAGAGUGGUGGCUACGAUGUCGAGAAUGGAGGAUGACGACAACGAGGAGAAGGAGGGAGUAUAGAUGAAAGGAUGACAUCACGGGAGCGGAGAAGUAGCUUUGUUCUGCCUGAUGUUGCGUCAGGCCAUCUUUAAGGGGAAGCAAGUUGGGGGCUGAAAAGGGUAAAACCACACGGGAAGGAGGGAAGGAAGGAAUGAAUGGAGGACGCCGUCAACAAUCUUCUUCCCUCCGACCCCCAAAAAGGCAGAACAUUAAUGUGUCUCUCACGGUUGAAGAGUGUCUUUAACGUGUGCCUAUGCAGUUUUUCAAAGUAAAAAAAUGGUUAAAAGAACAACAGAAACCUCAUCAGCUAACAAACCAAAGAUUCACCGUUAACUUCAGUAGCAGUUCUCCUCCCCUCGAAAAGGAAAAUCUCGACUUUUGCUUACCAGCAUGUACACACCAGUAGAAUGAUGUGCAUCCAUGCUGGGAGUGGUGUGCUGUGGGUUUUCAAUAGUUUCCAUUAAAUAUUGCUCUAUUAAAUCUUUUGUCCGCAAAAACUUAUGGGUUUGCAUUUAGGCUAAUCAAGCUAGUUUGUCAUUUCAAGCUAGUCGUCUUUUUUUCAUCCUUUUCCCCUUAUUAAAAUUGACAAACUUAGCCAGUUUCUUUCAGAAUUGCCAUUAUUUUGCUUCCAAGUUAGAUGGCUAGUUAGUGAGUAUUGAGUGAGAUUUCCCACAGCAGACACUCACGUAAGUCUGCACAGUAUUUAUCUUUCAAAGCUUAAAUGUCUGCAUCUGUUGUUCUUCAAUGGGUGUUCCUACAGCAUGGCAUCAACACAUGCAGCCAUCAUAGUAGUAAAUCCAUCACCACAUGUUACCACAAACUUCUGGUUCUCAAAUCGAGAGAAAAUAAAGUUAAGCAGUUUGUAGAAAUCUAGAGUUUGUUAGAUGGCUGCUGCUGCUGUUUGUGGGUUUUUUUGCACCACAAGUCAUUACCUGCUCCACAGGGCACAGUCUACCUCCAACAAUCUCCAACAGUAGUAACAAAAGCUGCCAGACAACAGCACAGGGACGGUUUAUCCCCCCCCCCCCCCCCCCCCCCGGCUUCACGUACAUACGGUUUGACACAUUUGAGCUGGAUGCAAGUCAAAAAAAAAAAACCAUCAAUAGUCACAGAAAUGCUUCCCUCUUCCUUUUUUUGCUUCCACUCAGUCCGGGGAUUUAAACUGGCCACCUCUUCAUGUUGAAGCUGACUGCUGUCUGGCAUGCUUCCUACUAUGGAGAGAGUGAUCAUGUGAUGCUAUGUGAAACGUACAGUACAUACCAAAGAUUUUCUGCUGUACUAACAGUAGCACACUGACACCUUUUCUUUAAUCCAUACCCCUUUUAUGGUCUAGAACAGAUACUGGAUCUGUGGUCUAGAUUGAUCAAUUUCUUUUACAUAAGGUCACUCAUAGUGUUGUUUGACUCACGGUCUUAAUUUUUACUUUUCUACCCAAACCUAGUAGUAACCAGCUGAACCAGAGGGACUCUGGUGAGUUUAAGGCCAUUUACCAAACCAAAUACUACUGUAAACAAGCAAACUUGUCACCAAAUAGAAUUUUCCUCACUUAACUUGUUUGGAAUGUGUCAUGCAAGACUUAAAAAUAAGUGAAUUUCAAAAUAGGGUCACAACACAUAGAAGUACAAGUAUCCAAUGUAGUCUAAUCUGAGACAUGAUACCAGACCAAGAAAUUAAUAGACUGGGAACAAUUAAUGGAAUGAAAAUCUGCUUAGUUUAGUUUUGGCUAACAAAAAAAAGCACUUCUGGCUUGGGUGGAAAAGUUUCAAAAUGACCAACCUACUCAUCAUAACACAAUAUUUGGUUGUUACCCACAUUGCGAUGCUGGAGGAAGACCCUUAAGCUACAGCACAUGCUAACUGUAUGUAGCUUAACAGACCCACGUUAGCUUGUUUUUUAGGGGGGAGGAACAACGCUGCUGCUCCAUAUAUACAACAAUAAAUGAAACAAAACCAAAAAAAACACUAAGUCAAUACCCGCUGAGAGAAACUGCUAAAAUAUCGGUCAAAUAGCUUUAUCUUUAGUUUUCUCUCUCUCUUUCUGUAUGUAAAGCUUGUAGUCCAAAGAAAUCCUCCGCCCACCUGACCUGCCCAUCCUAUUGACCACGCCCAAUUGGGGGGCGUGAUCGGUGGCUCAGGGGGUGGCGGCCAUUUUUCCAUUCCCACUUGCAAUUCUGUCUGGAUGUAACAGGCUAAACCUGCCAACUCCCCAAAAAAUGGGUAUGAAACCAAAAACCGUCCCAAAGAGGUUUUCCAUUGCUUGUUAUUUUUAAGUACUUAAAAAUUAUUUGCCAAUACUUAUGUGUCUAUUAUUGCUAUCACUAUGUUCCUUCCUAGGUUUUUGCAAUAUGUGAUUUUUUUAUUUAAUGUAAUUUAUGUUUUCUUUUUAAUUGUGAAUUAAUUUAAGCGAACAAAUUUUGUUGCCAAAUCUCCCUCUGAACCCUUUUACCCUUGAUGAUUAGCUUUGCCAAAGUUUACAUUGUAUGUUCCCUUUUCUUUCUGUUCGAUGCUGUAUUUAUUUAUGAGGUGUUUUAGAACACACUAGUUUUGUACUUAAUAAUAAUUUAAUGUUAUUUAAUUAGAUGUAAUUGUUUUUUGAUGAAUAUUUAUGAGUAUUUAAGAAUGUUAGUUGCAUCAAAGAUGCAGUGCUUAUGCCAGGCCUGUUAAUUUAUUCUUAGUUAGCUUUACUUUAAAAAGCAAAUGAAAUGUUGUUUUAUGAAUGUUUAGACUUAAUGACAGAACAAUGUAGGAAUGUCAGAGUAGACUUGCAUACUUCUGAAUGUCAACACUUGCUCUCACUUUUUAGCCAAUCUAGUUUUUUGUCCUGGUAAUGAUUUUUCUUUUUUUGAAAAUGAAAACAAUCUCUUUAUGACAAAUAAUAGCCUACCAAAUGAUGAGCACUGCAUCUGUUUUUUCUUUCCUCCCUUUGAUUUUUGUGGCUAAUUUAUUGGUUGUUUUUAUUUUUAAUUUGUUUGCAACCUGCUGACCAUUGUUGAACAAGCAAUGAAUUUCAGACUGAUGCUCUAGUGACACUUGAUCAGGUGACGUAAGGGCCACACGUUGAUAUAAAUGACUCACCAAAGAUAACUGGAAUCCUUGAGAGGCCAAUAAACUGUGUGUGUUUACAUCCACACAGCUCAUACCCUGGUUAAGGUCUUAUUCAUACAUUUAUUUUCAAAAAUUUUACAGUAUACACUUUUUUAAAAGCGCCAUUUUCUGCCCCCAAAAAUGACAUCACUGCACAUGUAAACCAAGCUCUAUGUGGUUUCUUAGUGAAGUAUUUUUAAGGGCAUUUACUUGCACAACAGCAACUCUUCAGACAAGAUUAUCUGUUGCAUUUUAGCUGCAUGUCAUGUCGCAAACAUCUGCAUAACUAAAUUAAAACAACAUGUAAAAAUGCUCUCAUGGAGUCUAUGGAAAUAUGAAGAGGACAUGGGUAAAGAUUACUUUAAUUAUUUGAUGAUAACACCCUGAGCAAAAACCUUUUAUUCCUUCAAAUGUCUUGUACAUACCACAUGGAAUCUCAUGUGAAUCAGAUAUUGUCUGCUGAUCACUAUAAACCUAAAGUUUAUGGUUUUUGGUGAAUUAACUUUUUAGAUCACAACCGAGUAUGCCAUCUGGUGUGCAUUUGGGGGUUCUGUUCCACCUUACAAACUGUCAGAACAAUUUUGAUAUUGACCAAAGAAUAAGUUUGUAAUCAAGGGGAAAAGGUUAUCUAAUGCUGUCCGAACAGUUAUUGUGGUCACAAGAAAACAAAAUAUACAUGUAUUCUUAAAAAUGUCCUCUUCUAUAUUCUGUUAAAAAAAAAGAAGCUUUAGAGGAACAACAUAAAGCAUGACAUGUGGUGUUCAAUGUGAUUCCGUAACCCAGAUAAAAAUCUGUUCUUUUCCAAUCUUUUCUAUGAUUCUCUGUAAUGGUAUAAGAGCUUAUCCAGGUUAUCGUGAACAGGAUGUGAUGCUAACACACACCACCUCUACAGUUAAAUACCUGCUGUGUUUCCCCCUUUGUUAUAAGGAUUUCUGCGUGUGUGACAAACACACCGACUUGUUUCACUCUUUAGGAAGGAAAAACUGAGGAGUCCCUUAAAGCUAGCUGCUUCCAAGACUGACUUUGUGUGUGUGUAAAAAGAAAAAAAAAAACCUUUCUAUUUCAAUAGUGAGAACCAGAGAGGCUACCUCACUGACUUUCCAUUUGUCCUUUUAAUCGUGUUGAUGAAACCAAAGAAACCAAAGAUUUUUUUCCUCUUCAGUACGGUCUGCGCUCAGCUCCAUGCUUUUGUGCUUUCUCUUUUCAAUGAUGAUGCCACAUUUUGUCCUGUUUUCUACUUUCUUCUUUGUUCUCCUAUUUCGCUUUCUCUUUCCUUUUCCCUCAUUCUCUCUUGAACUUUUUUUAUGGUCUAUUUUCCUCAAAAAGAAUAAGUGUGAAGGAAAAGAGGCAGGCAUAGAGUAGGGUCAAGUUGGAUGCUGAAUUUCAGGGACUACAGGCAGAAAAAAACACAAUGACUUAGAUUUGAUCAUUGAUCAAUAAUAUGCAAUAGCAAGUGAAUAAUAGCAUGUUUAAUCAACAGUAUGUACACUUGCCUUUAAAUAAUUAUGUGCCCCAUGUCAUUUUGGGCAAUCAGUGUCAAGCUUUCAUUUCAACUUCAGCAAUAUAACAAACAUAAAGACAGCUGGAUACUGGCAGAAACCCACAGACUAGAUGCUUUCAAAAAUAAAAAUGUAAGCUGGACAGAUAAUAUUCUAUCUAUAGAAUAUGUAAUAUUCAAAUACAUUUCCAAAUUAAGUCAUGAAUAAUUAUAUUAAGUUGAGCCCAGUGGAAAUUGCUUUGUUGCCGCAGUAUGCUUCAAAUGAACGAGGUUGUAUAAUUUAGUGAAGCAGAUGUAGAUGCAAACUGAAAACAAAAAUGCUGUUUUGCACUGAAAUAUUAAGGACACUUAUUCCUGGAGCCUCAUUGGUGGCUGAAUUGUCAUGGUCCUGACAUCCUGUUGCUUGAUCGACAGCCAGCCUUCUUUGAGCUAUUUUUAUUCCCACAAACAAUCUCCCCUCUUUGCUACUUUCCUUAUUUUGCAGUAAUUAGACAGCUUGUUGUUACCAAUUCUGUGCUGCAUAGCAACCAAAACGCUGCUCUGACUGUUUGAGCCCAAGACUGAAUUUUGUGUUUGAGUGCUAUGAAGCCUAACAAACAACUUUGUGAUCCUUAUACUUGUCUUAGUCUGUCAAGUCAAAUAGAAAAAGAGGAACUGUUAACGUUAAUGAGUCCCUCCAGACACCGUUCUCUUGUCGCCAUGAAUCAUUCCCCUGUUUUCUUAAAAAAGAACUCAAAAAGGACAAAAAAGAUCUCACCCAGCCAAACCUCCAACACCUGAAGUUUAGAGAGUCAUGAGAAAGUUUCAUUAAACUAGACAUGCUCUCAGCUCUGUGAUGUUUAUCACACAGUUCCUUUUAGUUAAAUGCUAACAUGCUUACAAAAAAUGUUAACAUGUUAAUGUAUAGCAGGUAAUGUUUACCAUUUUCAUCAUCUUUGUUAAGCAUGUUAGCAUGCUAACAUUUGCUAAUUAGCAUUGAACACAAAUACAGGAAAGGCUGACGGGAAUGUUACAUUUUUGUCAUACAGUAAACCACCACAAGUAUUGGACAAGUCGAAAUUUUGACUUGAUGAUGGCACCACACUAAAAGGCAAAGGAUCAACAAAGAAAAUACAAUUUAUCUUGUGGGGACCGUGAAUAUCUAUAAAAAAAUGUCAUGGCAAUUGAAUAGCUGUUUAGAUAUUUAGUUGGUCAUGGCAAUUGGUGGCGCUAGAUGAAAAUCUGGGAGAUCACCAAUGUCAUUAGAAUUCUUUGUUUAAGAACAAUUGAAUAUUGGCACCAAAUUUUGCACCAAUCUAU